AUGAUCUCCAAGGCUUUGGAUCAACUGAGUUCGGCGAGCGGGCAGCUGCAGCAGUCGCAGGGUCAGCAGCAUAACGGCGAUGCGAAUGGCGCAGCCGGGGAGGAGUCUCGUCCUGCGCAGCCGAAGAAGCCGUUGUGGACCGGUGUUACCCCAAACAAGUCGGCGAAGAGUCAGGCGCUUGAGGCCAUGAAGGCGCUGAUUGCGUGGCAGCCCAUCCCUGUGAUGCGCGCGCGUAUGAGACUGAGAGUGACUUGCCCUGUGUCGCUUUUGAAGCAGAGUGUCAAGGCUGGAGGGCCGGCUGGAGGGCCAAGCAAGGAAAAGGAGGCCCCGUCCGGUGGGUCCAAGUCGAAGAAGGGUGGUAAAGGCUCGAAGAAGUCGAAGCGACAAGAUUCCGAAGAUGAAGCCGGUGCGUCCGACGCGGAACCGGCAGCGGCGAAAAACCCCGGCAACGUCAAGGACAAGAUCCUGAGCUACAUCGAGUCCGUCGAGACGCAAGAAGUGGUCGGUGGAGACGAAUGGGAGGUCGUUGGAUUUGCCGAACCAGGAGCGUUCAAGGGACUGAAUGAGUUCGUGGGCAAUGAGACCCGCGGACGGGGACGAGUGGAGGUAUUAGACAUGACGGUUACUCAGGAAGAGUAA